AUGGCUUUGAUUAGCCAAAAAAGUUUCCAGUUUUGUUCAUCCAGCACACCAGCAAGCAGGUCCAUUUUGAUGACCCUAAGCAAAAGGUUGAGCUUCAUCAGUGGGCAGCAAAAGCCCCAAACCUGUAGCUCCAUAGCUAUGAGGAUGCUGUUUUUCAAAGAUAAAUCCCAGUAUAUGUUUUGUAGAAAAAACCACGUACAGCUGCGGAUACAGUCUCUUUCUGUUAAUGAAACAGUGCAUCUUUGUGGAGAUACUGAGAACAGUCCUAAAUCUGAUAAUGGGUGGAUGGUUGAACAACUAUUUUUCAAAAAGUUGAAGAGCCUUUGUACAUCGAAGGAGAUUUUUGACUUUCUUAGGUCUCUGGAAGUCAUGUCUGAUACUAUGGCAUCAGGAGCCCUGCAGAGGAUUUCUGAAGUUGAGGUGGAUGACAAUGGUCUAAAAAACCCUGAAGGAGUGUUAGAGAAUGAAGUUUUCAGGGCAUUAUGCUUCCAAUUUGAAUUUGGAUCCUCAAAACUGUCAAACACUGGGCUGCUGACUGCAUUGCAAGCUUUGGUAAAAUUAUGCAUAGAUCCCCAGAGUACACUGAUGGCAAGCUUGCUUUCAGAGGGUGAGGAACGGCUUGGCAAAGGACAGUUGACUGUUAAAAAUCUGUGUACUCUUGGAGAGAGUUUGCUUGAGUUGGAAGGCCCAAGUUGUGCAACGCUGGAACGAAUUGUGAACCACAUGCAAGAAAAAGACAUUGAGAAGUGGAGUCCUAGAGAAAUGGUGAUGGUUUAUAAGAUGCUGCAGGUGACUGUCAGGGAAGGGAAACAUUACCAAGGCUUGCUAAACAGAAUGAACAGUGUCACUUUAACCAUUGUUUCCCAGCUAAGCCCAAAGUUCACAAGCAUAAUACUGAAUUCACUGGUUGUUCUUCAUCAGACUCAGGCAGUCCCUUUAGUGACAGCACUGUGUAAGCAUUCUGUGAAGCAUGUUCCGUAUUUCACAGAUGAUGAACUGGUAAAUGUACUGGAAGCCUUCCUAUACUUUGGACAUUGUGAACAAAUUUUUACAGAGGCACUGGAAACACAUGUUCCCAAGUCCAUCUUUACUAUGCAUCCUCAAACAGUCAGCAAAGUCAUGCAGUAUUGCUGCCAAAGGAUGAUUCUUUCUAAGCCCAUCUUUGAUGCAGUGGCAGAAGGUUUCAUUUGUGAUCCUGACAGAUUUACCACUGACCAAAUUGCUGAGUGUAUUAUACCAUUUGGGACUCUUAACUGUCUCCCUUCAAGUGCUUCUUCCUUGUUCAUGAAACUUGAAACCCUACUGCAUAUUCACUUUAGUCAAUUUCAGCCUCACACCUUGCUGAACUUGCUGCACUCCUGUGUCCUUAUUCAACGUUAUCCAGUAAAUUUUCUGCCAAAAAUAUUUAGUCCCUAUUUUCUGCAACAGCUUCAAGCUCAGCCACCUGGUUUGGACAGAAUUGUUACCUCCAAGCUAACCCAACUUUUUCUGACUGUUACCCUGGAGUGCCCAUUUUAUGAGGGUCCAAAACUCCUUCCAAAAUAUCAAGUAAAGGCCUUUCUCGCACCUCACGGUUCCCUGGAUGUUCACCUCCUCAAAAGGGUGAAGGCUGGAUUACUUCACUUACUGAAAAAAAGAAUAUAUUUUGCAUCAGAGGUUUCAACACCGUAUUUCUAUACAGUUGAUAUUGAGAUUAAAUUAGAUGAAGAAGGUUUUGUAUUGCCUGCUGCCCAAUGUGAAGAGGUACAUAGACGAAUUGCCCUCUGUGUUGAUGGUCAAAAUAGAUUUUGUGUUAAUAGCCACAAUCUGUUGGGAGAAGAAGCUAUUAAACAGAGACAUCUUCAGUUACUUGGUUAUGAAGUUGUGCAGAUUCCAUUUUUUGAGAUAGAGAGUCUACAAAAUUGCAGAAAAAUGGCAGAAUAUCUACGCAAAAAAAUCUUUCCUCAUAUAGACAGACUCAGCUGCUGACACCGGCAUAUACUACUAAAUCACAGGUUGACCUCCUGUAUUAUAAAGUACAAAUAUUGUGCAUGGAAGAAUAAUUCUGUUUUCUAAAUAAAUCCUAAGAUAAUUUGAGCUUCUGAAUGUGAGACCUUCCAAUAUUUGGAACAAUUGACAUGUAAAGAGCAAUAAAGAGCAACAUAUUUUU